CGGCUUCCAUUUGAAUCAGUAGAAUCACCUUAUGAUUGUGAUGGCGAUUUUCCUAGUACAUCUGCAGUUAUAAAUAAAAGUUAUACUCCAGUUUAUACUGAUGAUCAAUGUGUUGAAAUUUUUGAUGAAUGUAGUCCAGUAGAAUAUUCUUAUUUGGGCCCUAAUGAUAUGGAAGUAAAUGCUUUAGAACCAAUAUCUCUUAAAUUUGAUGAUGUGGUAGAUGAUCAACACGCAACAUAUGAAAACAUAACUAGUCACAAGCAGUCAACACAAAAAGCAAUCGAAACUUCAAUGCCACGAAAAAAAUUGCCCAAGAGUUCAACAACGCGUGUACCUCCCAAGAAGGUAUAUGAAAAUUUAAAUGAACUUACUAACAAGCAAUUAAGUUCAUAUAAUUUAAAGGAAUCAUUUAUAAAUGACAACAACAAUCUUAAAAGAAAACAGUCUGAUAUAAAGCUAGACAUUUUAGAAAUUGGAAAAAUUGUGGCAAUUGAAAAACUGAAGGAAGAAAGAGACAAUUAUAUUUCCCAAGCCAAGCAAAACAAGCUAAAAGAAGAGAUUUUAGAAUACGAAUUGAAGAAAAAAUUAAAAGAAUUAUAA